UCUUGUACUAGGCAGUCAUUGUUCUGGUCCUUUUGCAAUUCAGCUCCUAGAGAUUACUUGUCAAUCAAACGGCAUGGGCAUUUGUCAUGAAUUUACUUUUGUUAGUAUUUGAGAUUUUGAGAAACUCUGCAGCUACUCCGUGAUUGAUUAUGCUAGCUACGAGGUUCUUUCUUCAUCUUUGAUGAUGCAACUUGAACUUAAAAUAGGGGAACGUCGACUGAGUAAGCGCUCUUUAGUCGCUUUUGCCCAUCAAAGGAUUAUUAUGGCAGUUGUAAGCAUUAGUGCGGUGCCUGUGGACAGCACCGAUAAGAAGGGACUCCAGAUAGGGGGCCAGCUGCCAGGCAGUGUACAGACUGGACCUCAGCAGCAGAACCAGCAGCUCCUCCUGACACCAGCCAGCCUCCAGCUCGCUCAGCUCCAGGCCCAGCUUACCCUCCAUCGCCUGAAACUGGCUCAGGGGGGAAAUACAGCCACUGCUGCCACUGUUCUCAAUCAGGUUCUUUCCAAUGUCGCCAUGUCCCAGCCCCUGUUCAAUCAGCUACGGACUUCAGCUAUGGUUGGAAACCCUCAGGGUGCAUUCCCCACAGGAGUGCUAGGUUUGUCCUCUUCAAAUUCAGCCUUGGGGGCUUUGGUGGGUGGGGGAUUCAACCAGAUCAACCAAAAUCAACCAGCCAAUGUAAGACUGAACCAUCCUGGUGGAGGGGGCACAGUAGGCCAACAGGGUGCGGAGUAUGGUAAAACCUCAGGGUCAAGUUACCCUUCUGAUACUGACAGGCGUGUUCAGUACAACUUAGGUGGGGGGAUAUCUUCAGCAUCAGCUACUGCUGGUGAUGGACAGUACUCAGUUAUAAACACUCAGGCAAAAACCUUAAACAAUGUUGGAUUUCAGAGAGAUUUCUAUGGGCAUGAUAUGCUGGAGCAGCAAGCUGGGUUUAGUGUCAAUGAGCAGAACAUGAAUGUUUAUAACUCCACUGGGCAUAAGGAGCAAUGGAAAGGCCCCGCUAACAUGAGUCACUCUGGAAAGGUGGAUAUGGUUUCUAAUGCUGCCAAUGUGUGGACAGCAGCUGGGCAGCCAAUGCGGUCCAGAACGGAGCUGUACAACCCAGAGGAGCCGACCCCUGACCCCAAGUUCAAUCCCAAUAGUGGGGUUUCCUCUUUUGCUUCAAGUGUCCCUCAGGGAUUUGGGGGGUACCAGCCCCUGCAUGGAGGUGAAGAAACCCUAUCCUCAGGUACCAGGACACUUCAGCCGUACCAAGUCAAUGAUUACCACGCCGCCACACCCACUCAGCUGCCACACCAGUGUAGCAUCUGUGACAAGAAGGUCUACAACCUUAAGGACUGGGACCAGCACGUGAAGGGAAAACUCCACCUUCAGAACCGAACCUUGUACACAAACGAAAGCUCCGCAGUGGUAUCAGCUGGAGCUGUUCACUACGCUGUCGGUAGGCCUUCUGAUGGAGGUCUGAACCCCGGCGGGACAAACACCAUGGUCUACACCUCUGCGAGUCAAGAUGUAUCCUCAGGAGCCAAUACAUCAUACUUACCAGCUGCAGCCAUGAAGACUUAUCCCACGUCAGACGCAGGAUUUGCCUCACACCAGCCAGAGUCAAAGCCAUUUCCACCCAGAAAAGCCACAGUAGGUCGAGUCAUUCACAUCUGCAACCUCCCAGAAGGCAGCUGCACAGAGAAUGAUGUCAUCAACCUGGGACUUCCCUUUGGCAAAGUCACCAACUACAUCCUCAUGCGCUCGACUCAUCAGGCAUUUCUGGAGAUGGCGUAUGUUGAAGCAGCUCAGGCCAUGGUUCAGUACUACCAACUUACUCCAGCUAUGAUUAACAAUCAGAAACUUCUCAUCAGGAUGUCUAAGAGGUACAAGGAGCUGCAACUCAAGAAACCAGGUAAAGAUCUCCAAUCAAUCAUCCAUGAUAUCACCUCUCAGCAGGAGAGGGAUGAGAUGCAAGAAAUCGAACACUACAUGCCAGAGAGAGCACGCUCCCGCAGCCCUAUCAGUCGCUCUCUGAGUCCUCAUUCCCACAGCCCCAGUUUUACAUCAUGCUGCUCAGCCCACAGCCCCCAGGGAGCGUCAUGCAGGGGCCCAGAGAGAGGCAGCAAUGGCAUGGGUCCUUGCCGGGGCUCUCGGGAUUGGCCAUCACACUUACGAAGGAGUGAAGAGGAAAGGGGCAGGGAUGAUUCAUGGAGGAAUGGGGGCAGUGUGGAUGACGAUCGGCCCAACGGACGGGCAGCUGACCGUCGGAAGGCUUACCAGAAACCCCUGGAUCAUAUCAGCUCCAGAUCUGUGGAUGAGCGGGGAGGGGGAGGAGGAGGAAGAGGAGGAGGUGAAGGCAUGAGGAGCAACAGAGACUGGCACCAACGAGGCAGCCCUCAAGGCAUGUCCUUCAACUCUUACAGGAACAUGGAGGACGACUUCUACAUGAAGGAACAAAUGUACAAGUCAGACAAGCCGCCCAGACCUCCGUACCAAAGGCACGACACAAAGCCAAAGAGGAGGGAAGGGGGGGACUACCACAGCAGAUCGAGGCAUUCUGAGUUCGAGAUGACCGAGGAGACGUUUCGCAGAACAGCAGAAGACAAGAGGCAGGGUUCACCAGGCAGGGGCAGGAGCAGACGGACAAGCAGGAGGCACACUAUUGUGGAAAAACAUGAAAAGGAAAAUGCUGCUGAAAAUACUGAUCGCCAAUCAAAAGAAAAAUCAGUUUCACCUCAGCGAAGCAGCAUGUCAAAAGAGGCCACUGAAUGUAGUAAAGAAAGAGACACUGUGAAGGAGUGGGAAAGCGAAGAUGAUAAUGAUGAAGAGUGUUGGUAUCCGAAGAACAUGGAGGAAUUGGUCACUGUAGAUGAAGUUGGAGGAGAAGAUGAUUCCAUAAUUGAGCCGGACCUUCCUGAGCUGGAAGAGUAUGUAUCGUGCCCCAAAGAGUCUGCAGAGGAAGAAGCAGCGGAGCAGCACAUACUACCACCUCCCCCCUCCUCCUUAGAGGUGCAGGAGACAUCUAACGAGAAGUCUAACCAGGAAAAGUUCUGUGAGGAAGCUGGAGAUCCGCUAGAAGCAUCUGUAAAGGAGAAAGCAGCUAGUCUUUUAGCUGCCACCAGUCCGGAAGACCAGACACUCAGUCCAGUGACUGCUGAGCCACCAAUCUCCAACCUUAGUGACUUCCCCAGUGAGGAGUUCAAGACGGCUCUGGAGGAGGCAUGUUUAGAGGAUAAAGUAACUAAAACUGGCUCUUCAGAGGAGCCAGUGGAGAAUCACAUUUAUAUAUCAGAGGACAGCAAAACCCUGGAAGUAGGACAGAUCACAGAGACGGACGAUAAUGCGGUUCAACACAAGGAUGGCAUCCUUAAAAAAGAGCUCGAGGCUCCCUCGCCAUCUCAUGAGCAAGACAAAGCUGUCAGUGAACACAGCAUCCCUUUGGGAGUGGAGUUCAUUGUGCCGAAGACCGGCUUCUUCUGUAAACUCUGCGGACUGUUCUAUAACAGCGAGGAGACCGCAAAGACCACUCACUGCCGCAGCACCGUACACUACAGGAACCUACAGAAAUACCUGUCCCAGCUGGCAGAGGAGAGUCUGUCGGGUGUACUUGCUGAACCCUCAGCUGCACAGUGACAUCACCUCCCACGUAUAGCACAGCGAACAGCAAAGGAAGGAUUUGUGUAUGUGUGUUUUUGGUGAAAGGCUGUAGACGACUACAGCAUGAUGGAUAUUGUGACUCAUGGAAGCUCGAGUAUGUGGACAAUUGCACUGGUUUUGAUAUUUUGGGAGGAAGAAUGUUUGGAUGUCACUGACAAUCCUAAUCACAGAUGCCCUCAAUUUUGUACAUACCUGAGGUGUAAUGUAUGGUGAGGCGACAAUAUUUAAAUUACUCUUUUUUUUUGGUUUAUCAAUUUUCUUACAGAUUAUUUAAUUGGAUUGUGUGUGACUAAAAUAUAUCUGUUGUUUUUUUUUUGGAAUGGAAAUGUAUUUGCAUUAAAGUCUAAUUACCAAAAAGCCACAGAUUCUUACAGUACGGGCUUAUGUUUGUCCAUUUUCUGAGUUUAGAGCAAUUUUAGCAACAGCGAUACCUUACAGCUGCAAAAUGACUUGAAAUAUGUGCCAAGGAAUGUUUUUACUCAGUUAAAAAACUGAGUCAGAUUCUCAGGUUUGUUGUAUUUGUAUUUAUAGAUUUAAAUGCAUAGUUUAGUACACAACAUUACAUAUUUAUUUAAAUGUAUGGCUGUAAAGGCUCUUGCUGUUUUUCUUUCAACCAUAUCUGUCAGGUGAAAAAUGUAAAUCAUUUGGAUUGAUAAUGAUGCAAUUAUGCAGAAGAUAUUUAUUUUCUUGAAGUUUUGUAUUGGAUUGAAUUCAUAAGACAAUCCCUCUCAUAUUUGCUGACAUAUGUAAUGCCUUAAAUAUUGAAGAACUUAAACUGGACCAUGUGUUUAAUUUAUCAGGGUUAAACAUGCAAUAUUUCACGUUACAGUGACUUGUUCAGACGGAUUAUCAAGCCACACUCUGUUUUUGUAUACUGUGAAUACUGAUCCUGUGACAUCGAUAGUGUUGUUUUCUUUGACAAACUUUUCAUAUGAUUUUUGAUGCAAAAAAAUGUGAAUAAACAUUUUAAACUUGUAUCAAAA